AUGAAUAUACGGCUUGAACUGACACGUUUCCUUAACGUUUGCUUUGCCUUGGCUUCGGCUUUCAUGUUCUGGAAAGGCUUGUCGAUAGUUACCAAUUCGCAUUCUCCAAUUGUUGUUGUGCUGUCAGGAUCGAUGGAACCCGCCUUUCAAAGGGGGGACAUAUUAUUCCUUUGGAACAGGAAUGAAUACAGUAAAGUUGGUGACAUCGUUGUUUAUGAAGUGGAUGGUAAAGAUAUACCUAUUGUACACAGAGUGUUGCGAGAGCACAAGAACGAAAACUCGGGAAAACAACUGCUACUCACAAAGGGUGAUAACAACGCUGGAAACGAUAUUCCUUUGUAUGCUAAGAAAAAGAUAUAUUUACAGAAGGACAAGGAUAUUGUCGGUACGGUGAAAGGUUAUAUCCCCAUGUUAGGCUAUGCAACAAUUUGGAUCUCAGAAAAUAAGUAUGCAAAGUUCGCGCUGAUGGGAUUCAUUGGACUAAGUGCUCUGUUAACUAAUGAGUAG